UGGAGGAAAUUUAUUGAGCCUUCUGAAUGCCAGACACAAAGGUUUCAGUAGAAAAACAUUUUGAAGGGCUACCUGGAAACUCUGGGACGGCAUAGUUACAGGGUUGAAGGUUUAUAUUGCAGUGUAUAGGUUGUUUCAUAGGAGUAGGUCUUUUCGCCCUGGGGAAGUUCUAGUCUGUUGCAAAAGUGAUAAACCAGCAAUUAAAUUAGUUCAUCAUAAGUAUAAAUUCUGCAAUUGCAAUUCUGCAGUAGUGAGGAGAGUGGCAUUUAGGGGCUCUUAGGUCGUUUUUAAAGUUACUAAUUUGGCUUGGCGCCUCUAGCUUAGCAGCUAGGGCGCUGGAGCUGCGGGUUUGAACUCAGCCCGGGCCUGCCAAACAACAGUGACAACUACAACCAAAAAAUGGCUGGGGGUUGUGGCAGGUGCCUAUAGUCCCAGUUACUUGGGAGGCUGUGGCAAGAUAAUUGCUUACGUCCAAGAGUUUGAGGUUGCUGUGAGCUGUGACGCUACUGCACUCUACCGAGAGUGAGGUAGUGAGACUCUGUCUCAAAAAUAAAUAAAUAAAUAAAGUUACUAACUUAUUGAAUCAUACAUUCUUCAGAUUUGCUACUUCAGAAAAUUUAUAAAUUCUUUUAAGGCUUCUAUAAAUUCUUCAGUAUAUAUAUUUUUAACUUAGUUACCUGCUAACAGUACACUGUCAGAAUUUAUACAUUAGUUGCAAUAAACUUGAAGCUUAAACUUAGUGAAUUUUUGUACUGUUGGAUAUUUUUUGGGAAUGGUCAUUGUUUCCACAAGAAUUUUAUUUGCAUCAAGGUCAGAUCUUUUCAGGUGAGCUGAUUUUACACGGUCUGAAGGCUUUCUUUGAACUUUAUAGUUGUUUGUGCUUGGUUGUAUGCACUCUUUAAAAAUGAUCUUUAGUAAGGGAAGUCAUUGUAAACAAUUUUUUUUUUCAUUGUUACCCUCAUACUCUUCAUUCCUGGCAAUUUUUUUUUUUUUUUUUUUGUAGAGACAGAGUCUCACUUUAUGGCCCUCAGUUGAGUGCCAUGGCAUCACACAGCUCACAGCAACCUCCAACUCCUGGGCUUAAGCAAUUCUCCUGCCUCAGCCUCCAGAGUAUCUGGGACUACAGGCGCCCGCCACAAUGCCCGGCUAUUUUUUGGUUGCAGUUCAGCUGGGGCUGGGUUUGAACCCGCCACCCUCGGUAUAUGGGGCCGACGCCUUACCGACUGAGCCACAGGCACCACUCCCAUUCCUGGCAAUUAAAAAAAAAAAAAUUAAGCUAUUUCUUUCCUCAUCAAGGAAAACAGGCCCAUUUGCUGCCCAUUUUGAGAUCUUCCUUCUGCUUGCCUGUCUUGUGGUCAUUUUACUUCUCAUUGAGCCCUCCAUUGGAGACUGUGCCAAAAAUGGAGAGAAGAUGAAUAGCAAAUGAAUAAUUUUUUAAUUGUUAGUAGUUCUGGAAAAUGAUUUAGUGGAAGAGAUUGAAACUAUUCUGGAAAUUCUUUGGUAUUGUGUUUUAUUUCAUUCAUCUGCAUUAUCUCUGAGAUAUUUCAAAUGGUCAAAAAUUCAGAAUUCAGCCUCGGCACCUGUAGCUCAAGCGGCUAAGGUGCCAGCCACAUACACCAGAGCUGGUGGGUUCAAACCAGCCCAUUGUUGUUGCCAAACAACAAUGAUAAAUACAACCAAAAAAUAGCUGGGCAUUGUGGUGGGCACCUGUAGUCCCAGCUACUAGGGAGGCUGAGGCAAGGGAAUUGCUUAAGCCCAGGAGUUGGAGGUUGCUGUGAGCUGUGAUGCCACUGUACUGUAGCCAGGGCAACAGCUUGAGACUCUGUCUCAAAAAAAAUUUAGAAUUCAGAGGCUGAUUACAAUCCAGCUAUUGGAUAGCCAGGAAUCUUCCUGCCUUUUUUUUUUUUUUUUUUUUACAUUUCCACAGAGGAUGUUUAAAAGCAAGGAGUAGAGAUAAAAAUUAAACCAAUCAAUACUAUUUUUCCCUUUGAGCUCUUUAAUGAACAAUUUGAUUUUAAAAGAUAGUUUAGUCAUUUUUAUUGGAAAUGACUAAUAGUGACUUUGCUUCAGUUUAUUUUGAUGUAUUUUAUACACAAGUAUAGUAAGGCUUUUGGGUGCUUUUAAAGAAACAUAGUCUUAUAUAGAUUCUCAUAAUUGCUUUCCUGAAUUAUUAAGCUUGAGGUUUCAUUACAUCUUUGUACCGGAACUUUGGCUUUGCUGUGGUAUUCAGUGGUAUCAUUAAUUUUCUUUUUAUGACUGCUCAAGAAGUUAUCUAGUUUUGAUUUAACAGUAAAAAAAGGAAUAGUGGACAGAUAUUGCAAAACAGCUGUAACAUUGAUGUCUGUUUUUUUUUUCCUUGUCUUUGGUCUUCUAUUUCUUGUUUAACCAUUUGGAUAUUCAUGGAUUGGAGUUCCUUUUUCUUACUGAAGACAGAGGAUAGCAGCCACUUAUUCACAGCAGUGAAGAGCAUGUGGAGGCCUAGCUAUAUCCAACUGCUGAGUGUAAAGAAUAAAAACUGACUGCACAUCUCUCAGUCCACAUUUCAGCUUGUUUGUGUUGAAGAAUUUGCAAGAGUUUCCCUGGAACCUGGGCUCCUGGAGACGCAGCGCUGGAGCAGAUGGAUAAUGGAGACUGGGGCUAUAUGAUGACUGACCCAGUCACGUUAAAUGUAGGUGGACACUUGUACACAACAUCUCUAACCACAUUGACUCGUUACCCGGAUUCCAUGCUUGGAGCUAUGUUUGGGGGGGACUUCCCCACAGCUCGAGACCCUCAAGGCAAUUACUUCAUUGAUCGAGAUGGACCUCUUUUCCGAUAUGUCCUCAACUUCUUAAGAACUUCAGAGUUGACCUUACCCCUGGAUUUUAAGGAAUUUGAUCUGCUUCGAAAAGAAGCAGACUUUUACCAGAUUGAGCCAUUGAUUCAGUGUCUCAAUGACCCCAAGCCUUUGUAUCCUAUGGAUACUUUUGAAGAAGUUGUGGAGCUAUCUAGUACUCGGAAGCUUUCUAAGUACUCCAAUCCAGUGGCUGUCAUUAUAACCCAAUUAACCAUCACCACCAAGGUCCAUUCCUUACUAGAAGGCAUCUCAAAUUAUUUUACCAAGUGGAAUAAGCACAUGAUGGACACCAGAGACUGCCAGGUUUCCUUUACUUUUGGACCCUGUGAUUAUCAUCAGGAAGUUUCUCUUAGGGUUCACCUGAUGGAAUACAUUACAAAACAAGGCUUCACAAUCCGCAACACCCGGGUGCAUCACAUGAGUGAGCGGGCCAACGAGAACACAGUGGAGCACAACUGGACUUUCUGUAGACUAGCCCGGAAGACAGAUGACUGAUUGCCAGCUCCACGAGAAGUUCUUGGAAACUGACUCCAGGAAAUGGAAGAGACUGAUUUUUGUUUUUAAUCACAGUGUGGGAUUUUUUUUUUCCUUUUAAAUAUUUGUAUUUAUUUGAAGGCAGUGAGGACCAGAAGGAAGAUUUGUGCUUUAGCAGACUCCUCCAUGUUUUGUUCCCUUCAGCCUGAGUAUGCAUGUGCCUGUUCACAGUCUCUAGAUACCUUUUUUAUAAAAAGAAGUCUGAAAAUCAUUAUGGUAUAUAAUCUAUCCUUAACAGAGCUUUUUUUUAUUACAGUGCUAAAAUGAUUUCUGAUAAAAUGGUCCCUAACUCAACUAGAAGGCUGAAAAUACAGGGAUGAAAGAAUAAGCAUAGAGUACUCAUGAUGCCUUUGAGAAAAAUCAGAACAUCAUGCAGGGUGACCUAGUUUCCAAAACAAUAAGUAGUAUUGUAAUAUUAAAGGAGAACUGUUCCAAUCAUUAAAAAGUACUUAUUAAGUACUGCUUUUUACAGUUAUGACAACUGUUUCUUUCUAUGCAUAUAGAUCAAGGAACCAAAUAUCUGUAGCCAUGGAAAUGUCUAACUAGAAAUAUUUAUAUUGGAUUCUGAAUACAAAAUGUCCCUGUGGUAGAAAUCUUAUGCCUGGUGCAGUAUAAUUCCCAAAUGUACUGUUGACCAGGAAAAAAAAAACCUAAUAAAAAAUGAAAUAUGAAAAUUAAA